AUGGCAGACCCUACUACUAGCCAAGCACCUCCAAAUCCAAAUCCAAUUCUCACUCCAACUCCAGUUCCACACUUCUUCAGCCUCCCCAAAGAACUCUCGGACCAAAUCCUCUCUCACCUCACAUACAAUGACCUCCUUCCCUUCCGACUAACAUGCCAUUUCGCUAGCGCUCUCGUACCAUUCAGCGAGCUAAAGCUCCUCCGUCUACGCCUAAAGACCGCCCUUCUCGCCGACGAGCGAGCGGAUUAUGAGCAGAAGCAGAUGAAGUUCCACAACUUCGAGCGCUGGGCCCGUGCGUUCCCCCAUGAAUAUCGCACCUGGGACUCCGGCGACGCCAUCAGCAACAUCCACGCGAACUUCAUUACGAAGGCAACACACCUGAAUUGUUACGCGUGUCUAAGAAAAUUACCCCGUGAAUGCUUCACGGAGACGCAAGCCAUGGGCAGUCGGAGCCUAGGGCACAAGGAUGGACGGAGAAGGUUUUGUCGGUCUUGUGGUGUAAGCAAAGGGAUUUGGGAGAAGGGGAGCACAGUCAAGGACGCCAGGUGUACGUGGAUUAUUUGUAGGGGAUGCGACAAGAUGAGAAAGUGUGAUCCGGAUCCGGCGUUGAAAAGCGACGGAGUGUGCUCGGCAGCCUGUCUGGAAAAAGUGAGGAUGACGACCAUGAACGGUUCCUGCAGUCUGCAGAAGAACGGCGGUAGUGCAGAACCGCAUGGUUCUAAGCGGCUUGAGAUUCGAGCUGCGACCGCUGCCGUCAUGUCCGGUGUAGUUAACGGCGCAGGGAUUCUUGAGGAUGCGACCCCGAGCACCCGUGCAAAUCGAUGUUUACGGUGCUGGGCGAUUAAUCACACAGAGAGAGCCGCGGAUGGGUUGAUGGGAUUGAAUCUCUGCGGGAAAUGUGAAGCUCUGGUUGACCAUGAAGGUUUCAAAGUCAAGGAGUGA